UUUCAUUCCACUAGAGAGAAAGAAAUGAAGAAGUUAUCAAAGACAACUUCCCUUCAGCUUCACCACCGGCGAGGCACUCCUGUACGAAACCUUCCCUUCCCCGAUGACACCUCGAAAUCAUCCAUCCCAAUCCUGAAAGUGACACCAUCCAUUCGGAUUCCCUCCUGGGGUCUUUACUCCGUCAGGACCGCUCUGUCUAUCAGCAGCCCACCUCAUCGCUGUCUGGACAGUCACGCCAUGCUCAGUGUUCCCAGCAAACCCUGGAGUGAGGACAUCCGGGCCGACGCCAUCCGACAGGACUCUCUGACCGAGUCUCUGGGAAGGAUUCUUGGUAAUGGAGACCAGGAGGAGCUGAAGGAGAUUGAACGAGCGCUUCUGGUGUUUAAAGACGUGAAAGAGGACCCGAUUCUACUCAGUGACAUUCUGGCUAAUGAUGUUUUCUCAUAUGUAGAAGAUGCUCUGUUGAGAGAAUGCAACUGCCUGUGUCUCUCAAAGUCUGACAAUGCGGACAUGAACCGUCACAACAGUUACACACAUCAAGACUGUUUGUUGCCUAGCAACCAGCCGUUCUUUAUAAACAAUCCAGAUCUAGUUCAGCGAGGUGUCUCGCAGUCAUGGCAACAGCAGCAUCACGUCGUCCCGUUCACCCUGCCGAGUGCUCCAAAGAGAUCUGACUGUUACCCAGAAUCCCUUUGUCACGCAGCACCCACAGGAUAG